AUUUGUCAACAAUGGGACCCAGAUAAUAAAUUCUAAGAUGUGAUUUCUUGCUAAUUACAAAAAAAUGCCUGUAAGCUUAUAUGAUACCUGAAACUCUGCAAUGAACUUUAAUUAUGACGCAUGAACCGGCUUCCAUCGGGUCACAUCGUCAAGGACUGACGACCCCUUGGAAGAACUGUCAGUAUUGUUCCCUUCUGUUUAAGUCAGCGCGGGAAUUUUCUCGGCACUUGAGGGAAUCCCACUGUUCUAAGGAGGGAGGAUCUUACGUGUGUAGGUAUGGGCCUAAUAAUAUAUGCCCCUCGCUGCCUCUGGAAGGUGUCAGUGACAUGGAUUAUGAAAACCACAUAGCAAGGGACCACGUUCAAGCCUCAGGGAGAAAGAGAUCGGAGACCCAAGAGGACCAGUCUUUUGUUGGGACACCUCCAGGCACUAUUCCAUCUGUUGUACAUGACCAGCAUAGAUGGACUGUGUUUGAUUCCAAGGUUAAUCUCCCAGCAGCUCUGAAUGACCCCCUCAGGGUUAAGAGAGAGACAGACUUCUUCACCAAAACCUGGGGCCAGGAAUUUUAUGAAAAGAUGUAUGUCCCUGAGUCCCGCUAUCUUCCAGAAAUUGACAGAAGAUUUUUUGAAAAAUACAAGCAUAGAAUUUCAAAGAGAUAUAGAAAGUAUGCUAAAUAUAAACAUCAAAUUGACCAAGAAGCCCCAGGGGGAGAAACAUUUCUUCAACAAAUGGAAAGGAACAGAGAAGAACUCCAACAAUUACCAAAGUUGUUCAUGCUGUCAAAUUUUGACCUGGAGAACUCGGACACAUUCAAUGCUGUGUUUCCAUGGUCACAGGUGGAGGAAUGCAAGAAAAAUGGGGGAUCAUCCCAGUCCUCCAAACUUCUACAAGAGAAGUUGAGUCAUUACCUCGAUAUUGUGGAGGUUCACAUAGCUAAACAGAUUUCUACCAAAUCUGAUGCCUUCUUCCAAGCCGUGUCGUCACAUGACAUUCUACAGGACAACAUGCUGAAGACAUGUCAGACCAUCAAACAACUAAGGGAUAAAAUCCAAAGCGUUGAUGAACUCUUGACCCUGGGGUCACUAAAGAUAAUGAAGCUUUCACAGACCAGGGCUAAUUAUGUCAAACUUCAUGAUAAGCUGAAGUUGAUGUCUACGGUCCACCAGACCCAACCAACCAUACAGCUAUUACUGUCCACUCAGGAGUUUGUAGGGGCAUUAGAUCUCAUAUCUACCACACAAGAAGUUCUGACACAAGAACUGGCAGGGGUCCACAGCUUUAGACACCUUAGUUCCCAGCUGGCAGAACUUGAGAAUGUCAUAGAGAAAAUGUUACAGGAGGAUUUUGCUAAGUGUGUGUCUGCGGACCUCAAUCGUCCUGUCACAGACAAGGAGCCCUUGUUGGAGGAGGAGAAGAUUGUCUCCCUUGUGUUUGGAAUGCUCAGGAAAAGUCGCUUUAAUUUUGUCAAUGUAUACAGAGAGGAGGCCUUCACAGCAUUCAAGGCCACUGUAAAACAGACUGUGGUAGAGGCAGUUUCAGAAGCUGAGAAUGUUGACACAGAGGAUGAAAACGUCACCAGCCUGGCAGAUCAGAUGAGAAUGCUGAAUUACUCUCAAUGGAUGGAAUUGAUGAAACAAAUCUUCUCUAAUUUAUUGGUGCAUCUUAACAGAGCAAAGACAUUCCAUGGUGUGAUCAGUGAUGUGAUAGGAAUAGCAGCCGGAAAGACUCAGGUACCCAGCCCCCUCCCCUCCCCCUCAAAGGAGGACAACCCCCUCAGUGAGGCAGCUCAUCUACAUGUCUCUGUGAGUGAAGAGGCAGCUGAUGUAAUGAUCACCGAGGCUGAGUAUGUCACUGUACAGACCAACCUCAAUGAAAUGUUGUGUGCUGUGUGUGACCAUGCCCACGAUCGAUGUGUCAAGGUCAUUGUAGCCAGGGCAAAGGAUGGAUUUUUGGAACGGCUGACUUCCAGUGAAUUUGUUGCUUUGUCUCGAGAGGUUGAGAAGUUUAUAACUGAUUGUGAAACCAUCAGUGGUCGACGAUGUAUGUCACUAAGAUUCUGUCUACAGUCACAGGCACUUAAAUUUGUAAACAGAUUCCAUGAAGAAAGACGAACCAAACUCAGCCUCAUUUUGGACAAUGAGCGAUGGAAACAAGCGGAUGUUCCAGCGGAAUUCCAAGAGCUCGUUAAUCAUAUCACCCAAACAGGCAUGUUAAGUCUACCAGAAAGGACUGCAGAUUCAGAUAAGGGCCCUACAGAAGUGUUAGUAGUUGAAGAUCAGACAUUUGCAGUUGUAGGAACGGUGCUGAUGCUGUUGAAGAUGAUGGUGGAGUAUUGUCAGUGUGUGAAUGACAUUCCGUCAGCGGCACCAGAUCUUUUGUCUAGACUGGUAGACCUCUUCAAAAUUUUCAAUUCAAGAACUUGCCAGCUGGUGUUAGGUGCAGGUGCCCUUCAACUUGUGGGACUGAAAACCAUCUCGACCAAAAAUCUAGCUCUGGCUUCCAGGUGUUUACAGUUGGUUGUGUACUUCAUUCCUAAAGUCCGGGUCCAUUUUGAGGAGAGACUGGCUUCUAAAAAUAAAACAAUGCUUAAACACCUCGACCAAGUACAGAAGGAUUACUGUGACCACAUUAAUGAGAUAACAAACAAACUUGUUACUGUCAUGGAGGGGGUCAUAGCUCAACAACUGUCAAAGUGGGAAGUGAAGGCCCCUAUGCCCUCCAUGUGUUUUAGGUCCAUCUGUAAACAAAUCAGCAAAAUGCACGAAGCUGUCCUUGACAUUUUGUUGCCAGAUCAAAUCAAGGAGCUGUUUACCAAGAUUAACAGCUGUUUUAAGAAGUUGAUCAGACAGCAGUUAGUUACACUAGAAGUCUCCAAAAAUGGAGGACCUCAACAUGGACUGGUGAUGUCCGACUUAGCGUUCUAUUCGGGAACAUUUAAAACUUUACGAGGGUUGGAGAGUUUAGCACAGGACAUGAACGAUGUAUGGGACGUAAGGUGACAGUGCCCUCUUCAGUCAGAUAUUGUCAUUAUUUCUCUGUGUGCAAUAAUAAGACACUGGUCACUGAAGGGGAGAGAACUCACUCUCUCAUAUAAACAUGUUCUAAGUUAUCAUAAUGGCAUUUUUAGAGAAACCAAACUUUUUAUUCGUAUGCAUUUUAUGAGACAGUUUAUUCUCUCAUGUCUGUGAUUUCUGAAGCAAAAAUGUGUCAGUAAUGUUUGUACAAAUAAUAAAAAUUAUUUAUUAACAAUUAA